GUUUUUCCUUUUGGCCGCCAUGUCCUAUGACCGCUAUGUUGCCAUCUGCAAACCUCUCCGUUACCCAGUCAUUAUGAACAGCAGAGUGUGCCAUCAGCUUGUCCUCAGCUCUUGGGUAGCUGGCUUCCUAAUUAUAUUUCCUCCUUUGGCCUUGGGACUUCAGCUGGAUUUCUGUGCUUCCAAAAUAAUUGAUCACUUCCUCUGUGACAGUUCUCCUGUCUUGCAGCUCUUUUGCACAAGUUUCAUAGAAUUGGCAUCUUUUGUCUUAGCUGUGGUGACACUUGUCACUUUGCUGUUAGUGGUCCUCUCCUACACAUACAUCAUCAAAACCAUUCUAAAAUUCCCUUCUGUUCAACAAAGAAAAAGGCUUUUUCCACCUGUUCUUCACACCUGGUUAUUGUCUCUAUUACUUAUGGGGGCUGUGUUUUUAUGUAUAUGA